CCUUUUACAUAAAAGCUGGUAUGGUGUAUGGGUGCUCUGCAGUAGCUCAAAAAACUGAACCAACUGCCAUGGAAAUUGCUUCUUGUUCAAUUCUUAACACUUUGCGCCUUUCAAGCACCGCUAGCAAUAACUCCAACAACACUUUUUGCAACUGUUACACGCCCAGAAACCCUUAUUUGGCUCUCCCAUUUUCCUCCAUUUUCCCAAGAAACUCCACCACUUCUCCCGGAAAAUGUUUGCACUUCAAUCGGUUCAUUGCUUUCAGCUCACCUUCCAGCUCCGACAACCAGAACCCAUCUCAGGAACUUGCUGUUCUUCUUGAAGUUGAAGGGGUUCUUAUGGAUGCUUAUCGUGUGGGUAACCGCCAAGCCUUCAACGUAGCAUUUCAAAAGCUUGGGCUUGACUGUGCAAACUGGAAAGAACCUGUCUAUUUGGACCUUGUGAGGAAGUGUUCUGGUGAUGAGGAAAGGAUGCUAAUUCUUUAUUUUAACCGGAUUGGUUGGCCUACUUCAUUGCCAACAAAUGAGAAGGGACCAUUCAUAAAAAGUGUGCUGCGAGAAAAGAAAAAUGCAUUGGAUGAAUUUGUGAUGUCAAAAAGUUUACCUUUACGACCUGGAGUUGAAGAUUUUAUAGAUGAUGCUUAUCAGGAAGGAAUACCUGUAGUGAUACUAACAGCAUACAGUAAAAGCGGGGAUAAAAUUGCCGGAUCGAUUAUUGAAAAGCUUGGCCAUGAAAGAAUUUCAAAAAUAAAGAUCAUUGGGAAUCAGGAAGUCAAACAGAGUUCUUAUGGCCAACUUGCCUCUCAUAAAGGAUUAUCUUUGGGCUUGAAUGAGCAACUUGCCAAGGAAGCAAUAAAGGCAGCUUCAGCUGAGAAACAAAAAAUAGCAGAGGAGGUUGCUUCCAUGCUGAAGUUGAGCGUUGAGAUUGAUACUAGCUCAUCUGAAAGCUUAGGCAAGACUGUAGCUGCUUUACGUGCUGGGGCAGAAUAUGUGGGGGUACCUUUCCAAAGCUGUGUCCUUAUUGCAGGAAGCCAGUCUGGAGUCUCUGGAGCUGAACAAAUAGGCAUGCCAUGCAUUGUUCUACGGAGCAGUUUGACUACAAGAGCGGAGUUCCCUUCAGCCAAAGCCACAAUGGAUGGAUUUGGAGGUGCAGAUCUGACGAUCUCAAAACUACGCGGGAAGAGAUGGUCAUGAGAAAACUUUGAGCUUGCUGGAAUCACAGAAUACUUGCUGAUGUCUGAAAUAUAAGUUUGUUUUCAUUGUUGAAUUUGUCUAUUUGCCUUCAUAGACAGUCCCAAUUGGAAAAACUGAAUUCAGUAGGUGGUGUGGUGUGUCUGUCUUGGUGAUAUAUACAACUCCUUUUUGACAUUAAUUUAAUUAAGUUUAAACCCUAA